AUGGUUCGAACAAAGACAAGAGCCAGGUCACCCCUACCAGGAGCCACCAGUGUCCAUCGCGAUGGAGGCAAAAUCAUACACCAUAACCGCAUAUUCAAUGAUCACACUGGCAAACCAGCUUUGAUGUCAUGGAAAAACAGUCCAUCCCGUGGCAUGCUGCCCCCUCUCGCUUCCUGGGUAUACUAUAUGGUCCAUCCAGAUGUGUCACACGAUUUUGAAGGCGAAAACUUUGCCAGUGGAUUAACUUCUCCAUCGAGUUGGGGUGGUCGAGGCGGUAUCUGUCGCCAUGAGUUUUUCUUCCUGCCUGGUGCUACAGCUGAAGAAUGCCAUGCGCACUAUCUUGGUGAGAUAAAAGCUCGAGGUACCAUUUGGCGUCAGAUCCGCAAGGUCAACAAAGCUUUAGAGCUCAAGAACCAGGGGGUCGUCAUUCAAAAGGAAGAGAAGCCGUGGUGGAAUAAUGACUCUGAUGAUGAAGACGAAGACAGCGAAUGCCAGGUGAAUGCAUUCGUAGGACAAAAAGAGUACGACUGGGUCCAUGAUCCGUCAUUCGAUGAGGAAUAUGCAGACUGUCAACUUCCUGGAUUAGUAUGGCCCAUGAAUGAUCGAGCGGUCCAAGACAUAGACUACCGCGGAUGGUUCUUUAUAUAUCAUGAUGAAGAUACCGAUGGCAUACGUGGGAAAGAAGGGAGCACUGUUUCUCUCGUCCGGUUUGACCCAAUCCCUUAUGAAUGGGAUGAGGAGAACGAUGGAGUCAGGACGUGGGAUCCGAUGGACCAUCCUAUCUGGUCCGUACCUAUCCCAGUCGUGAAUGAGAGUAACAAUGAAUAUACCGUAGGCAUGUGGCAAGAUGCUAGGAAGGAAUCAAGUUGGGAGGCAAAGGCUAAUGAAGCCACUUCUGAUGCUUGGGACAUGGGCUGGGAGACUUGGUGA